GAAGGGGAAGGUGAAUAAGCCCUGCAAAUCCCUUCCCUUCUUCUUCAACAAGAUUCAUUCCUUUCUUCUCCAUAGCCAUAACCACAGAGAGAUACAGAGAAGAUGAAGCACUACAGUCACGGAAUUGAUGGUUUACGAAGCGGUCUUUCACCAUCCGCUAAACCUUUCGCAAUCGGUUCUUCUUCUUCUCCUUCCUUCUCUCUCAAAUCUGAACAUGAAGAUUCUAUCUGGGGUGAUUAUACUUUAGACCUUUCCUUUUUAUCCUCUGAUGAUCAGAGAAGUGGUCUUGAUGAUGAUGAUUCGUUAUCUAACUUGUCUCGUGAUGUGGAGACUACCAAAGAAGGAUUGGUUUUGGAGGAGAAGAUAGCUAGUUCUGGAAAGGUUUUGGUAAACCCUAAUCCAAUUUUCUCGAAAUUGCCUGAGGUACUGAUUAAGUCGUCAAAUGUUGCUGGUGAUGCAAAGUUGGGUCUGUCCUGUGUGUCUGAGAAAUCGUCUACAGAGUCUGAUGAAGAUGACUCUGAGGAAGAUUCUCCUUGUUGGAUAGGAAUGCAUUCUCACAAGAGUCUGGCUUCAGGUACUAAAGCUGUGGCUUCGAGGCGUUCGACUGAUGAUCUUAGUGGGUUUCAUAGAUUAAAUCCUUUGGCACCUCAGUUUAUACCAUCUAAUUCUAAGAAGAAAGUUGAAAUGGAUGGGGAAAAAUGUGAAGAGAAUAGUUCUUCGUCUUUGAAGAAGUCUCUGUCUUCAACUUUUCCGUCGUCGUCUGGAGAGUUCGAUUUAACUGAACCUCCUCCUGAAGAUGGAAGAAAUGAUGCAGCAAAACUGACAAGCAUAUUGACCCACAAUGCAGAUAAAAUUUUCGGUUUUGUAUCUAGUGAUAGCGGUUCCAAGACUGUGAGCAUUUUGGAUUCUAGAAAUGAAUUCCAACCAUCUAGAAGGUUGGAUCCUUUGGCCCCUGUCUUUGUUCCCUCUAGUGCAAAACUAAGUCCUUCUGUUCAUGAGAAGCUAGGAGAUUUUGAGGCAAAUGCACAUUCAACUUCUGCUCUUACUUCUUCACAUGUUAAGUCGCUAGAUAUGGUCAAGGUAGUGACAUCUUCUGCAGAAGUUGGCCACAGUUUUAAGAGUCGAUAUGGUGGUAAUGUUUUAAGUUCGACAUCUUCAUACAGUCCUUGGAUUGAAUCCGACGUAGGGAUUACUGAGUAUGCUAAACUAGGAAGCUCCAGCAACAAAUCUCAAGGUCAGCGGAGAUUGAAUCCAUUGGCCCGUCAGUUCUCGUUUGCAGAUACUAAACCGAAAGCAUAUGACUAUGAGAAAAAUCAAGCUGCAGAUGAUUUAUCGCUAGUGGUGAAUACUACCGGUUUAUACAUUCCAGCUCGUUAUAGGGAGGACCAUAAUGUAGUAGAUGCAGACUUAGCACAAUCCUCAGUAAAUGUGGAACGUUUUCUUCCCAACAUGUCACGUGGAAGUUCUUCACUUAUAUCUCCAAAGGUUGACAGUAACUUUGGAUCUACUAAGUGGUUUGCGGUGGAGCCAAAUCCUACAUUUUCAGUAAAGGGUAAUAAAGAUUUUCAGCAACCUCUUCCAUUUCAUGUUGUAGAAACUGCAGCGAGUUCAUCUUCAAGCGAUAUGAAAGCUUUACCUGGCCCAUCUCCAAAAAUAGAUGUGAGGACACUACUUACAACGAUGCAUGGACUGUCAGAGUUACUAACACUUGCACAUGGUUCAGAAUCUUCAGAUUCACCGAAUGCUGAAGAGCUUGAUCUCAUUAACAGUACUGUACAGAAUCUCAACUUGUACAUCCAAAACAACAGUCAGGAACAUGCUGGGAAUCAAAGCGUUGCACAACGAAAUUCAUAUAAUCUAAAGCUGUUACCUAACAAGAGUAAGCUAUCGGUUAGAGACCUUCAUCAGCUUCCAACGGCAAACAAUAUGACUGUCGACCUUGAUGUGAAAAGGAAGGAUAAGUACUCUGUAGUUUCAAGGGAGACGAUCCCAGGUUCUCGUUCGUAUCAAUAUGGUGCGACCAAAGAUAACGGCUUUGGUCAGGUUGUGUCUACAAAUGGUUACCAACAGAAUCAUCAAGGUGAGGAGCAGAUUAACCAAAAUGCACUGUUCUAUAAAAGCUUAUGGCUCAAGGCUGAAGCAGACAGGUUGGCAUGUAAAAUAUCAAAGAACAGCCUCAAGAUCUCCAAUUUCUGGAUGGAGACUUAUCAUUUUCCGAAGAAGUGGCUGACACAUGACUAAUUGUGCAGAAAGAUGAAAACCUGGGAACUGUUUGGACGUGGAGCCUUUUGAUUGCUGAAGAUUGUAAUGUUUUCUUGUUCUGGUCCUGAAUCUUUUGAUUAUGAGAUGUAUAAAAAAAACCACUGUUA